AUUUCCCUAAUUCAUUUAUAGUCUUAAAUUAUUUAAAGCGUUAUUAAUUUAUCAUAUUGUUUUGUGAAGACUGCGAGUGGAAUAAAGACGGACAGAUAUUCCCCCGGCCUCUGACGUCCCUCGUCGGCCUGCGAACAUCGAUCGCAACGCCUCUAGUGGCUACUAAAGAAAUAAAAAGUGACACAAAAUGAUCCAUCCCCACCUCUGAAGUUUCCAGGCCUGUAUAUAAGAUCGUGGGCAGGAGUGUUCGCUCUUUCAGAGUUCACUAGUCUCGAGUCAGCUGUCUCUGACGUUCGUGCGUCAUCCAGCGGAUAUUUAAACCAGCGCACGGAUCCGCACCGAUGAGCGAUAACGCUCUCUCACGCUCUGUUAUUUUGCGCCCUCGCAAAAUGGAAAUGAGGGAGAGCGAUGAAAGUUCACGUCCGCGCAGUGCCUGAACGGCAUGAAACAAGAUGGAUAUAAUACAAGAACACCUCGCGGUGCCAGCGAAGUACAUGAUACUGACGGAUGGACGAAUCUCUCUGACGGUUCACGGAAACUGGCUUUCCCGGUUACUGACGGCUGGCCCGUUCACGUUUAUCCAUCACGAUAGACUGUCCAGCGACGAAAUCGCAGCGCAACCCACCCACGAUGAAUUGGGCGGCGACUGGUUGAGGGUUUACGCAAAGGUAUACGUAAAGCGCUACAGGAAUGCGAUCCCCCUGCCAAGGGGGAGACCCGUCACCAGCACGAGGAAUCAGGCCGAACUGAUAUUCUCGCAGUUGCUGCACUACGUCGCUGAGACCAAUUAUCGGAACUUGUGGAAGGAAACGUACAAAAAGUACUACCAUCCUUGGAAUUUCGUGGAGCAGAGGGAGCAGUCCACCAUCACUGCCAAUACGAACGACGUCGGUAUUAUGCACGAGGUGUUAAACAGGAUGUACGGCUGCACGUUGGUCCAGGUGCAGCACGGUGUAGUUCUCUCAGUCUCCAAUGGCACAUCCUCCGAAACGCACUGCAAUCUCGCGCCGGUCCACUUCGUCGUAGAGACUGCGUCCGCUUUUGUAGUGCUCUACGACCAAACUGCGAGCUACUCCCUUCGCGAAUGCGUAAUGUACAGUCCGGCUGCUCUCAGUACGAGUCAUGGGAAACCGUUGUUCGUGGUUUAUCAGUUGCUACGGUUAUCCAGGGACCUGCAUGAUCGCGGUCUCGCGUUGGGCGAGAUUACUCUUAGCGACAUUUUAGUCACAGAUAAUUUCACUAUUCAGGUACUGCCAAAACUGAGUGAUAACAUCUACCUGAAACCUGAAAGCGAGGGUACGAGUUCCUCCCAGGAGAGUAGAGAGAGGCUUGCCGGUAGCAAUACUCACGGUAGAAGAAACGGCGUAUCCGGAACGCAUAACAGCGACUUCGGCACGAACGAAAGCAUCGAGAAAUUAUGCGAGAUGUGGGUGUACAAUUGCAUCAGCAACUUCGAUUACUUGACGGCGCUGAAUAAUUUGGCCGGCAGGAGACACGGCGAUCCCAGUUGCCACCACGUUAUGCCGUGGGUGACGGAUUUCACGUCGAGGAACGGCGGCAACUGGAGGGAUCUAACAAAAUCGAAAUUCCGAUUAAACAAGGGAGACAGACAACUGGACCUCACGUUUGACUCGCAAUCGACUGAGGUUGGACACCAUGUAUCGGAUGUUUUGUCAGAGAUCACAUAUUACGUCUACCUUUCACGUCGAUAUAAUAAAUCUGUGCUGUGCAAGCACGUGCGACCCUUGUGGGUACCCGGUGAAUAUCCAGCUUCGAUUCAGAGGUUGCACGAUUGGAGCCCUGAUGAAUGUAUACCGCAGUUCUUUACCGACCCCAGUGUUUUUAAGUCAAUUCACGAGGAUUUGCCGGAUUUAGAAAUCCCAGCAUGGGCGACUUCUCCGGAGGAUUUUAUUGAAAAGCAUCGAGAAGCUUUGGAAAGCUUUUAUGUAUCAGAGAGAUUGCAUUACUGGAUAGACUUGACUUUUGGCUACAAAUUGUCCGGUUCUGCCGCCAUAAAAUCUAAAAACGUCUGUCUGCAAUUGGUUGACAAUCAUACCGAUUUAACAAAUUCCGGAGUGGUACAACUCUUCACGCAACCGCAUCCGCAAAAGAUUAUACCGUCUCCGUACUGGGGUAAAGUACCACCGCGUCUCCGACCGACGUCUUCAGCCAAUAAGAGUAAGGGUGAUCAAACCGCGAGUAAAAUCAGCGACGACGAGGGUCAGAGUUCCGGCAUCGAGGAAGAGGAAUUGCCGAUGACCGCGACGAACGCAUCGAGAUCGUCGCCUCUCGUACUGAGUCGCCUGCUGAGCCGUUCCAGAGGCUCCUUACUCUCGGAGGACAAUAUCAAGUCGGACAAGUCCGUCAGUCAGCCGAUUAUCCUUCCGAAGGAUUUCAAUCCCGUUGCGGCGAUCCUGCAAGUCGAGACCAUGCACACCUUUAUGAACAAGAUCAAUCAUCAGGUUUACAAACCCGCGGUGGGCUUGCACGAUUCCUCUACAAAUUACAAGCAAAUCGUUGCCGGUGGCCGUAUCAAGGAGCAGCAGAUACUCGGUUGUCUGAUAGUCGAGAUAUUCCUGGCCGGUAAGUUCCGCGCGACGUGGAACGUCGAGAAAACGUCGUUCCCGCAGAGAUUCGCGACGUGCCUGAACACGUUGAACACCUCGGCGGAUAAUUUGCCGAAGUGCAUCAGGAAUAUCGUCUCGCUGUUGCUGCAAACUGACAUCGUACCAAAGAGCUACAACGUCGGCAAUGCGGAGACGAGCGAUGCUUCAACGGCGAGUGAGACCUCAUUUCGUUACCCAACGAUAACGUACAUGGGCCUUCCGCCGCCGUCCGCGCAUCAGUUCCUUCAAUCGAUCCUGUCGGGCAGCCUAUUUCCAUUCUCCAAGUACUGCCAGUAUCUGUACAACAUCGUGGAGAUGCUGCAAGAGUACAACGGCCUGGUGCGAGAAUUGAAUUCCGCGGUGAAGAGCGAGGACGACGCGGAUCUCGCGCUUAGGACGAAGACCAAGUAUCUGUGCAAGAUCAGCGAGUGCAAGGUGAAAGCGAUCGCCAGGGAACUGGAACGAUUGCUGCCUUACGCCGGCGGCGCGAGGGAGGCGACCCUGCAAUUAAUAGUUCCUCAUAUAGUACAAAUCAUGGAAGAGCCGUACAGCGCCGUGCUAGCGAUAUGGCAUCUCUUCGAUCCUAUCGCGAAAACAUUAGGACCGAAGGACACGGCCGACACGUUUCUCCCGUCUAUCACGAAACUGUACGAGAACGGUUCCGUCAUGGAUACCGCGCUCUACGCCGAUAUACUACCCGCAGGAACGCUCGCCAAGUUCCGAACUACUCGAUUGUAUCACAGAACGUUCCUAUUGAAGCUGAUAGUCAGACUAGGACUACGUAGGUUCCUGGACAACUUCAUAAAUCCCCUGGUGGAAGCGGUGGGAGGAUACAAGGAUUACAUGCAGGGCUCGUUUGACACGUACACUCAUAGGACCGGAAAUCUGAAGUAUUACGUGUUGAGAAGAGGCCAACAGCGUGCAGAUAUUUUUAACAUUAAUUUUAAUAUUUCAUAUAGAGUGAAAGCCGCGAAUCGCGUUGAAGGUGGUUCCGAAGAUAACAAUGGAAGCAAUGUAUGGACCAAGCUCGAAACCGACGUUGCGGAUUCGUAUUCCCCGCCGGUCUUGGAGAGCAGCGACGUGCCGGACUUGCAAAGGAACAGAGCAUUCGAGGAGCUACGUGCUGUGUUUACCACCGAGUUCGCCCACAAAGCGUACAUGCUCUUCUAUAGAUGCGUUGACAGCGAGGUGAUAGGACAGAUACUUAAAAACCACGAGCGUAUACAAGAGCUCUGUCACGAUUACGAGCAGGGAGUAAAGACGGACGCCUCGAAUACCGAUAAUGCGGACAAGUACACGUGCGACGCAUUGCCCACCGUGGACCGUGACGUGGCGCAGAACGUGGAGUCGAUCGACAAGAGCGCCUGCAGCUUCGGGAACAUAUCUGUGGUAGGAAAUCGAUUCGAGAUACAGAAGGACGAUGCGAAAGCUCAGUCGGCGACGGAGGUGGGCGCGGCGGCGGCCGGUCGUGAGGCGACGUGCCCGUCUUCCGCCGGCAGGCAGCUGCGUGGCAACUGGCUGGCCUACUGGGAGCACGAGAUAGGGAGGCCGGACAAAGACAUGAUAUUCAACAUAAAGCAGAUAAAACUGCAGAGCUUCAGCGGGCACACGAACAGCGUGAGGUGUUUGUACGUGCUGGACAACGAGAACAGUUUUAUGAGUGGCGGUAGGGACAAGACCGUGAAGUUGUGGAGUCUGCGAAGCCAGGGCGACGGAAGUACAGUUUCAUCGUGCCAGCAUACGUACACCGGGCACAAAAAGUCUAUCCUCUCGCUCACGUUCUUGGAAUCCCUGAGAUACGCGGUCACGUGCGACGGUGCGAUUCAUUGCUGGGACCCGUUCAUGGGCUCGCUCUUGGGCUGCCCGGAGAGCAGUCGCCCCGUCCCGGUGAACACUCUAGCCUCGAGCCCGUCGCCAUCCACGACUCUCCUCGUGGGGACAACUGACAUCACUCUCCGGGUCAUCGACUGCAGGACAUUCCAAUAUGUUAACGAGAUGAAAGUCUCGAUGAACCCGACUGGCUUGAUAAGGUGCAUCGCAGUGGCGCCCAGCGGUAACUGGGUAGUCCUGGGCCAGGCGUCGGGCUUCUUAACGAUCCUCGACACCCGCACCGGCUUGAUCAUCGCGUCUUGGAAGGGACACGAGUGCGAGGUGCUGCAACUGGAAGCGAUAAACGAGACCACCAUAGUCAGCUCCUCGUUGGACCAAACUAUCGCAGUGUGGAGCGCGGUGGACGGGAAACUUAAAUUUCACAUGAAAGGCGCCACGGAACCUGUCCACUGCAUGGCGACGUACGAGCAAGAAUUAGUAAUAGGGACAACGGCGAAUCGUAUCGGCGUCUAUAGCGCUGUAGAAGUCACCGCCUCGUUCUCGUCGUCCAAGUUAAAAUCGGACGCUUUUAAAGGCGUCCUCACCGCCAUGGCUGUCCUCCCUCUCAAUCAGCUGCUGUUACUGGGCGCCGACAACGGUGGAAUCACAUUACUGUGUUGAGAAUCACAGGCGUUAUUUACUAACGUUCUAAAGCAGGCUCCCCCCUUAAGUAUAAGCGAGGAUGCGUGGGAGGAUGAUCGUUUCAACGGAAUUUACCGAAUGCACCAUGGGAAUCUGCUGCUGUACAAUAAAUUUCAUUUUUACAAGGCA